AAGAUCUACAAAACUCAAGUCCUUCAACUCCAAAUCAACUGAAUUUUCAAUUUUUUUUUCUCCAAGAAAAACCAAUCAAUAAUGGUUCUGUUGGCUGCAAUCGACCAAGGCACCUCUUCUAGCCGCUUCCUCGUUUUUGAGGCAGACACCGGAGAGCUUGUCACUAGUCAUCAGAUCGAGGUCCGUCAACUCUUUCCCCAUGGUGGAUGGGUCGAAAUGGAUCCUAUGGAGCUCUACGAUACCGUAGUCUCCUGUAUCUCCAAAACCAUCGAAAAGCUCGAAAACCUCGGAAUCUCGGCCGACGAGAUCAAGUCGGUGGGCGUCGCUAAUCAGCGAGAGACAAGCAUUGUUUGGGACAAGGAAACCGGAAAACCACUGUACAAUGCGAUCGUGUGGCUUGACACUAGAACCUCCUCCCUCGCAGAUGAAGCUAUCUCGAGAACUGCUUCCAAAUCCAAAGACGAAUUCCGCGCCAAAACUGGUCUCCCCAUCCAUCCAUACUUCAGUGCUCUCAAGCUCAAAUGGCUCUUCCAGAACGUUCCAGAAGUGAAAAAGGCCUACGCUGACGGUAAUCUCAUGUUCGGAACCGUUGACACUUGGCUCAUCUGGAAGCUUACCGGUGCUUACGUGACAGAUGUCUCGAAUGCGUCGAGAACUUUACUCCUGGAUUUGCACAAACGAAAAUGGUCCACUCAACUGUGCGAGUUCUUCGAUCUCCCAAUCGAAAUCCUUCCGGAGAUUCGAUCCAGCGCCGAGGUUUAUGGGCAUUUUGACAAGGGGCCUUUGGAAGGAGUUCCACUUUCCGGAUGCCUUGGAGAUCAGCAAGCUGCGAUGGUUGGACAUCAGUGCCUGAAUGCUGGCCAGACAAAGAACACCUAUGGAACUGGAACUUUUAUGCUUUGUAAUAUUGGAACUCGACCGAUCAUCUCAAAAAACGGCUUGCUAACUACAGUAGGCUUCCAAUUUGGUGCUGACUCUCCAGUUGUCUACGCUCUCGAAGGAUCCGGGUCGAUUGGCGGGAAUGUUGUCAGAUUCCUCAGAGAUAAUUUCAAGUUUAUCUCUGACGCGAAAGAAAUGGAAGGGCUUUGCAGAAGUGUGGAAGACACCUCCGGAGCCUACUUUGUCCCAUCAUUCACCGGAUUAUACACUCCGUACUGGGACUCGACAGCUCGAGGAACCAUUCUCGGACUCACCCAGGUCACCCAACGCGAGCACAUCUGUCUAGCUGCUCUGCGAGCCGUUGCUUUCCAAAGUGCUGAGAUGAUUGCUGCAGUUGAACAGGAUCUCGAAGGAGGUACCAAGGUUACAACUCUGAAAGUCGAUGGAGGAAUGAUCGCUAACAAGCUGUUCAAUGAGAUUCAAGCGGAUAUUAUGGGACGGGAUAUUGUGACUCCAAAGAUUACCGAGAUUUCCGGAUGGGGAGCAGCGGUUGCCGGUGGAAUCGGAGCUCAGCAGAUCAGUUUGGACGAGUUUUUACAGCAGUCUAGUGAGGAUAAUCGAUACACUCCACAAAAAGACGAUAACUGGAGGUCUGCAGAACUUGCUCGCUGGAAAGAAGCCGUCAAACGGUCGUGUGGAUGGGCUCAAUGAGCACAACUCUCCUUCUAUAAUCAAUCAAUCAUCAAUAUAAUCAUUUUCGUUCUAGUUCAUACCUUAUCAUGCUUCUUGUGCCAUUUCUUAUCAUUAUUAUCAUCAUGCUCAUCAUCAUCCAACAAAAACUGGUCACAAGCCUUCCCACCAAUUCGCCUGAUUUUUCCAGGUGCUGUGUAAAUAUUGAUUACGGUUAUUGUCGCUCAUCACCAAUUAUGCUUGUUUCAAAAAUUCCCCGACAAUUUGUGAAUAAAUGUGUUAUAGUCGG